CUUGACCCGUUUGACCCGUGUGUCCGUGCGACUCAGGUGACUCUCCCUCUACUCUCAUGUUGUCUCUUUCUUUACGUCGUACGGCUCUCAGCCACCCUUCGCGGAGACUAGCCUCAAUUCAACGAAACUUAUCAUCAUCAGCUAUCAUGUCCCAGAAAUAUCGGAAAGAGAAGGAUACUUUUGGUGAUUUGCAAGUUCCCGCAGAGAGGUAUUGGGGUGCUCAGACACAAAGGUCAUUGAUGAAUUUCGACAUUGGCGGUCCCACAGAACGUAUGCCACCACCGCUCAUCAAAGCCUUUGGAGUUCUCAAGAAAGCUGCUGCUCAUGUGAACCAAACGUACGGUUUGCCCAUCGAAAUAGCAGAUGCCAUCUCGGCCGCUGCUGACGAAGUGAUUUCCGGUAAAUUGAUCGAUGAAUUCCCAUUGGUGGUGUUCCAAACGGGAAGUGGGACCCAGACGAAUAUGAACGUGAAUGAGGUUAUAAGUAAUAGGGCAAUUGAGAUGUUAGGUGGGGAAUUGGGGAGUAAAAAACCGGUUCAUCCCAAUGAUCAUGUGAACAUGUCGGCGAGUUCUAAUGAUAGUUUCCCCACUGCCAUGCAUAUCGCCGCAGUGGUAGAGAUCAACGCGACCCUUCUCCCUGCCAUGCAGAAACUCCACGACGCUUUGGAAGACAAACGCAAGUCGUUUGACCACAUUGUGAAAAUCGGACGUACACAUUUGCAAGAUGCCACACCGCUCACUCUUGGACAAGAAUUCAGCGGAUAUGUAACUCAAGUUGAGAGGGGUAUCGAGAGGGUGAAAGGGACGUUGAAAAACUUGAGUAUGUUGGCUCAGGGUGGAACUGCUGUUGGAACGGGUCUCAACACUAAGAAAGGCUUCGACGAAAAAGUCGCCGCUGAAAUCUCCAAAAUCACCGGAUACGAUUUCAUUACUGCUCCCAACAAAUUCGAAGCUCUUGCGGCGCAUGAUGCUAUUGUCGAAGCUUCUGGCGCACUAAACGUGGUGGCUGUGUCGCUUAUGAAGAUCGCCAAUGAUAUUAGGUAUUUGGCUUCAGGACCUCGAUGCGGUUUAGGAGAGCUUGAGUUGCCUGAGAACGAACCUGGAUCGAGUAUCAUGCCUGGGAAGGUCAACCCAACCCAAUGUGAAGCCCUGACCAUGGUCGCCGCUCAAGUAAUGGGGAACCACACCACCAUCACGGUCGCUGGGUCAUAUGGUCAAUUCGAGCUCAAUGUUUUCAAACCUGUCUUGAUCAAGAACCUGUUGCAAAGCAUUCGUCUGCUGGCUGAUGGUGCGAGGAGCUUUACGGACCAUUGUGUGGUGGGGAUCAAGGCUAAUGAGGAUCGGAUUCAGAAGAUCAUGAAUGAGAGUCUGAUGCUUGCCACCUGCCUCAACAGUGUGUUAGGUUAUGAUGACGUCGCCAAGAUCGCCAAGAAUGCACACAAGAAAGGUCUAACACUCAAACAGUCUUGUCUCGAAUUGAACCUGCUGUCAGAGGAAGAAUUCGACAAACGUGUCCGACCCGAGCUCAUGCUUGCCCCGGACGAAGUAUAGAAGAUCUACGAUGCAUGUAUGACAUCUACCCGGU